AUGCCCAAAUUUGAUCCAGAUCAACUACCUUACUAUAAUGUACGGAAUGCACGCAAAGUUGCGCUUGUCACAGGUGGAAAUAGCGGCAUUGGGUGGUACACCGUAUUACACUUGUAUCUUCAUGGAUUUGUUGUUUAUGUAGGCGGAAGAAACUCUAGUCGAGUCAAUCAAGCCAUCAGAGAGAUAAAAUGCGAGGCGAUGAAACGUGAGAGGAGGCUGAAACCUAAUAAGCGUCACUCGUUAGGCCAGCUGCAUUACCUGGCAGUGGAUCUGACAGACCUGUCGUCAGUCGAGAAGGCGGUGAGGAAAUUUAAGAGUAUGGAGAGCACACUGGAUGUGUUAAUCAAUAACGCAGGUGUGAUGGCGCUACCCUACUGCUUGACGACCGACAAAUUUGAGGUCCAGCUGCAAACUAACUACAUAUCGCACUUCUUGCUCACAAUGCGGCUGCUGUCAUGUAUCAAAAAGUGCAAGGGCAGAGUGAUAUGCGUGUCUUCGAUCGGCCAUAACUUAGCAUUCAAAUAUUUCAAUCUGAGCCAGAAAUUCAACUACUGGCCCAACAUGAUUUUUACAUGGAUGCGGUAUGCCAUUGCCAAGACAGCUUCUAUACAAUUCACCAAGAUGCUUGCCAUCAAACAUCCUGAUGUUCUAUGCUUGUCGGUUCAUCCAGGUAUCGUCAUGAAUACCAAUCUCUUUAGUUACUGGACAAGAUUACCUAUAGUAGGGAUGUUCUUUUGGAUUUUUUUCCAUUUCGUAGGGUUUUUCUUUGGGGUUUCCAACGAGGAAGGAUCUUUAGCUACUCUGAAGAGUGCGUUGUCAUCGGGCUUGAAUUCGGAGAAAGAUAACGGCAAGUAUUUUACUACAGGAGGUGCAGAGUCGAAGCCAAGCUAUGUCGCCAACAAUCUCGACAACGCCGCAUCCACCUGGAUUUGGACUGUACAUGAAUUACGCGAUCGCGGAUUCGACAUUUAA